AUGGUCCAACGGUGGCUCGAAAGGAGCCGCUAUCGCAAGCCGCUGUACGUGAUCACUGGCCUUAAGACGGUGACAGGUGCAAAGACAGGUGCAAAGACAGGUGCCACGAAUCGCAUUCGAGGUGGUAGUGGGAAUCUUGCCGUUCAGGUGGACGGGACUGUGUGGAGUGGUGGUGCUGUCCCCAUCGGUGGAGAGCCUGAGGCAGAAGUCAGUAUCACAAAUAAAGCAGGCCAGAAGUGGGAGGGAAGUGGUGAUUUUGUAUUGGCUUUCAGGGUCCGGCGGGUCAAGGUGAGUCGAAAGACAAAGGAACUGACGCAGGAUGAGGACUAUAUGCACGGCGCAAUGCUGGGGGACGAGGUGGAGCGAAAAAAGGAGAACGAGACUGUCAUUGUUGACGAGGAAGACGUACAAGUAAACAAUGCAGGCUGGGGGUGGGAUGAAGCAGAAGUUCUAGAAGGGGAGAAAGUAGUUACAGUUGGAGUUCUGAAUAUUUGA